AACUUCCAUUUUACUCCUUAAGAUGUCGCAUGCAGCCACAAGUGCCUUGUGCCGCUCCAUAAAGCUGCAGUGUGAGCUGUACCCCUCUAGGCAGAUCGCCAUCUGCCUUGACCCCUACUGUGGCCUCGGCUUUGCCCUGUGGUGUCUGUGCAGUGUCUACUCAGGACACCAGUCCGUCCUGGUGCCCCCGCUGGAGCUGGAGAGCAAUGUAUCCCUGUGGCUGUCCGCGGUCAGCCAGUACAAGGCCCGGGUCACCUUCUGCUCCUACUCGGUGAUGGAGAUGUGCACCAAGGGCCUGGGAGCACAGACAGGCGUCCUCAGGAUGAAGGGGGUAAACCUGUCCUGCGUGCGCACCUGCAUGGUGGUUGCAGAGGAGCGGCCCAGGAUCGCACUCACGCAGUCCUUCUCCAAGCUGUUCAAGGACCUGGGGCUGCCAGCACGUGCCGUGAGCACCACGUUUGGGUGCAGGGUCAACGUGGCCAUCUGCCUCCAGGGCACAGCCGGCCCGGACCCCACCACCGUCUACGUGGACAUGAGGGCGCUGCGCCACGACCGGGUACGUUUGGUAGAACGGGGUUCUCCGCACAGUCUGCCGUUGACGGAGUCCGGAAAGAUCCUUCCUGGGGUGAAGGUCAUUAUUGCACACACUGAAACCAAAGGGCCCCUUGGAGACUCACACCUGGGAGAGAUCUGGGUGAGCAGCCCCCACAAUGCCACCGGCUACUACACGGUGUACGGGGAGGAGGCGCUGCACGCCGACCACUUCAGUGCCCGGCUGAGUUUUGGAGACACUCAGACCAUUUGGGCGAGGACGGGCUACCUCGGUUUCCUUCGAAGAACGGAGCUCACUGAUGCCAGUGGAGAGCGGCAUGACGCGCUGUACGUGGUGGGGUCUCUGGACGAGACACUGGAGCUGAGAGGCAUGCGUUAUCACCCCAUCGACAUCGAGACGUCCGUGGUCCGAGCCCACAGGAGCAUCGCUGAGUGCGCCGUCUUCACCUGGACCAACCUUCUGGUGGUGGUGGUGGAGCUGGACGGGCUGGAGCAGGACGCGCUGGACCUGGUGGCUUUGGUCACAAACGUGGUGCUGGAGGAACACCACCUGGUCGUGGGCGUGGUGGUCAUCGUGGACCCCGGUGUGAUCCCCAUCAACUCACGGGGCGAGAAGCAACGCAUGCACCUGCGAGACGGCUUCCUGGCCGACCAGCUGGACCCAAUCUACGUGGCCUACAACAUGUGAGCACGGCUCCUCGGCGGCCCCGCGCCUGAGACGGGCGAGAGCAGAAACCGGACGCGACGUCGGGCGCCCGCAGCCGCCAGGAGAAGGGCUCCAGUCUCCCCGCGCACUGUGCCCCUUCUUCCUCUGCUUUAACAGACCCGUCUCCAGGCUCCCCGGAUCUCACUUAGGAAUCAGUCCGUUUCCUGGACCAUCUGAAGGAGUGUCUUCCUCUUGGAGGACAUGGAGGAGACCGGGAGUGUCCGUACUUGAAGGGACGGCGGCCUGAGGGAGAGGCAGGCCUGGCUCAGGGGCCGGGAGGGACUGCAAGUGUGCUACUGUGUUGCGAGUUUGCACUUUUUUUAGGCUAAAAAUACAGUUCUUGAUUUUAAAAAUUCAAUUAUUUAUUCCCACUUCCUAUAUAGAAUUUAUGCUAGAGAGAACUUGAGGCCGCUAGUCCAUGUGCUUCACUUCUGUUUCGCAGGGAGGAGCCGAGCAAGGGGGGGUGGGUCGUGGCCGGCCCCCCACUCUGGGACCCAAGGCCCCCUGCGCUCCCAGGGCACGUCCUGUGCUGUUCGUCACAGAAACGCGUGAGAACGCGUGUGACAGAUGGUCUCGUUGGUUGUCACUCAUACUCGGGAAGUGCCCCUGGGGCUGUCAGGUUAGAUGCUUGCCUGGGGCAGUUAAACCUGCACUUAGUCUCAAACCACCGUCCUACGGUUGCAACUUCAUGCCGUUUAGUUAACGUCCUGGUUUUCCUGACACCACCAUGUAAGCUCUUCUCGGCCCACGGAGUUGUGUUGAACUGUUAUUUUUAUUCCUACUCAACAGACUUGGAGGCAUUGGUGGCAGCACCUGAGGCGUUGAGGUCCCCGUGCGGCUCGCAGAGCACGCUGCACGCCCUGCAGGCGCCUGGACGGAGCCUUGUCCCGCCCCCUCCCUCCCGGCGUUCACAGUUGGAGUUGUGUGCCUAUAAAACUUGGCCAAACUGCAUUCAGUUACUUUAUUCAAACUUGAUGAAACUGACUGAUCCAAUAUUAUAGUAAGCCUAAAUCAAAGAAGAGAAUGUAAAACCCUGUAGAUACUUACAAGAAUUUGAAGCGAGGCUCAAAUCUAAGACAGAUUAUUUUUCUAUAGCUAUUAAAGAGUAUGUUAUGAGGUGGUGGGGUUUUGUGGGGACUGAGGGUGGGAAAGUUUAUCAAUUUAUGCAUGCUUCCUAGGAGCAGCCAGGUGUUUCCGGAAUUAGCCUGGAGCAGUGCCUAACAAAGCUAUUAUUAAUUCCCUGCCCUUUAAAUUCACCGCCAAAUGGGUCUGGCCAGCUGGGCCAACUCUCCCAUCUCUUAUUUGGCUACAGGUAGCCCGUGCGUAUUAGUCUGUUUGCCUGUGGUGUGGAGCUGCGGUGUAAUAUGUUACAACAUACUGGAAUUCUGAUAACCCUGCUGUGAUUAUGUACAUAGUCUAUAUAACUUAUUGUCGGACAUACAGAGGUUCUAGCAGCAGACUAACGGACAUUCCUUAUAACAGAAUGGUCAGCGGGGGAAACUCCCUAACCCUAAUCUUAAUGUUGUAGUUUUACAGCAAACAAAUAUUGUAAAAUGUUUGUAUUGAAAGGUCAGUGGCAGUAAGACAAAGUGUCUUGUAAAUUAAGAUUUUAAGACGCGCAUUAAAAUGUUUUAAAAUUACUCUCUGGGAAUUCUGUAUAUCACACUAAAAUUUUUUUAUAUCAUGUUAAUAAAAGGUAUCGACUGUUUGUAAUUCUGCAUUUUGAAAUGUGUGAAAAUGUUUUUUAAAUUACCCCACAUGGGAUGUAUUUUAUUAUGCAUUCGUUUUGCUGAAUAUAAAAGCAUUUAUGCUGACAGCAUAAAAUCUACAAAGCACAUUAAAGUGUGGAGAAGAUAAUUAAGACCUCUUAUCCUACCUCUGCAUAAUAGCAGCAUUAGUGUUUGAUAAAAACCCUUUCAGGGAUUAAUUUUUUCUUUAUUAACAUUUCUACAAAAUUAGGAUCAUAUGCUUCUAUAUCUGUUUUUGUACUUAAUAAAUUACAGACUUUUAAUCUA